UGGGUCCUAGUCUUGAGGUCCAUGGCAUACAAACCCAAUAAUUCGGCUUGAACGUGAUUUCAAAAUUGUCAGAGCAGUUCCACCAAUAGGCAAUUGAAUAGUAAAAUAUUUUGAAGUAUAAUAGAAAAACUUAUUACUUGGAAACGUGACCGCUUGUUGUCAUUGAAUUGCCAUGGCGGGAGGUUAUGAUGGACUGCAUGAUAUGACUGCCAUUAUUUUUGGCACAACUUUAUCCCUGAAACAAAAGAAGAGUGAGACAAUUGAAAGUGAUUUCACUCGUCGAGUAAAGAUUGAUUUAAUUAAAGCUAAAGAAGAAGCAAACCAUCGAGGAUUACUAAACGCUUAUAGUUGGUGUGCAGAUUUAGCUCUCUGCGUCAAAGAUGUCACUCUACUUGAGGAGCCUACACUUCCACCCUUACGGCAGCAACUUGGCAGCGAAGCUGAUGAUUUCGAUCAAGCUAAGGGCCUCUUCAACCUGAAAGAUUACUUCAGAGCGGCUUAUUACUCAGAACACCUGAAGCAUCCGCUGGGGCUGUUCCUACAUCUUUAUUCCCGCUACUGUGCCUAUGAACAAAAGAUUAAUAAUGACCGCAUGGACUCCAUCACUCUUCUCCCCAAGAAUGUUCCUGGUCCACAUUUAUUUGAAAUCGCCCACCGACUCGGUCCUGCCUACCACCGGGUAUCCAAGAAAGAAAAUUUCCCUUAUAAAACCAAAGGCGUGAUUGGCUUGGGUGAUUACGAAUAUAAAACCAAGCACACUAAGCACAUCAAUGUAAAAAGUGUGCCUAGCACAAGCAAGCUUCGGGCCAAGCGAAAACUUAGCAGUCAUCUCAAUGAUCAUAUCAAUGAAGAUAAGUUCACCAUUGAUCAUGAUCUUGGUGACAAUGAAAUUGCUCAUCUUGGAGAUGAUGUUGAUGAUAUUGAAGUUGAUGAUGAAAAUGAAAGCAGCUUGAAAUUGCAACUUGAUAGCAGCAGCAACGGCACUGGUGUGAAGAGUGAUGAGUUGAAAGAAGAUGACAUCAUCUGCGGGUAUGACAGCUACCUAAUGUACCUGUACGGCGUGGUGCUGCAGCAGCUCGGGCACAGGAAGCAGGCCCUAGAGGUGCUCUGUUGGGCCAUACAUCUCAGCCCCAUCAACUGGGCCGCCUGGGCACAGCUCGCCCACCUCAUCGACAAGCGCAGCACUCUGGAGCAGCUUGACCUGCCAGAUGUGUGGCAGCGGCGGCUGUUCCUAUGCGAGGUGUUCGUCGAGCUCAAUUUGGACGCGGACGCGCUGGCCGAGUGCGACCAGCUCAUGGCCGAGGGGCUGGAGGGGUCAGCCUUCCUUAAGACACAGCGCGCCCUUGCCUUCAGGAACCUCAGAGAGCUUGAUUUGGCCAUCGCUGAGUUCGAAAGUAUCGAGCGGAGCGACCCGUUCCGCGUGGCAAGCGUGGACGUGUUCAGUAACCUGCUGUACGUCAAGGAGCGCCGCACGCAACUCGCCAACCUAGCUGCCAAGAUGGUACAGGUCGCCAAAUAUUCCGUGGAGACCUGCUGCGUUGUUGGCAACUACCUGAGCCUGCGAGGCGAGCACGAGAAGGCCGUGGUGCACUUCCAGCGCGCGCUCAAACUCAACCCUAAGUUCGUGAGCGCUUAUACGCUCAUGGGAUACGAGUACAUGGAGAUGAAGAGCACCAUUCAGGCCAUCCAGUGCUACAGGAAUGCCCUCAAGGUCAACAGACGCGACUAUUCUGCCUGGUUCGGUUUGGGGCAGACGUACGAGGUGCUACGUCUGCUCAACUACUCCCUCUUCUACUUCAAGCAGGCGCAGCGGCUGCACCCAUACGACAGCCGUAUGAUCACGGCGCUGGGCGAAGCUUUCGAGAAAAAGGAGAUGUUCCUGGAGGCUAAAAAAUGCUACGUUAAGGCACACUCCGUCGGCGAUGUUGAGGGCACCGCACUCCUUAAACUAGCCAAACUGUACCAGCGCCUGGCGGAGACAGAGCGUGCAGCGGACGCAUACGAGCGCUACCUGAGAGAGACGGAGGGCGAGGAGUCGGACGAAGCAGAGGAGCGUGGUCGGGCACACCUCUACCUCGCUGAGUUCCUGCUGUCACUCAAGCAGUUCGCCACGGCUGAAGAGUACGCCAAGAAGUGCAUGGAAUGUGCUGAGACUCAAGAGGCCAGCAAAUCCUUGCUGAAGGAAAUCGCUCACAAGCGGAACCUUACCGAUGCGAACCCCGCGCUGCCGCAACGCGACGAGCCGCGACCAUCGCUUGUGGGCAACCGCGCCCGCAGCAGCGACGACGACCCUCCCGUGCUACCACAUCCCCUUCUGCGCCUCCCUCCCUCCCCGUGACCCAUCGCAUAAAUCAGUAUCACUCCAUCCUACUGUCACUUCUAGUUCAAUUUUUUCUAAUAAACGAGGAAAACUGGAUAUAUUUUUUUAUCCUGAAGCAUAACUCAGUAUCACUCCAUCCUACUGUCACUUCUAGUUCAAUUUUUUCUAAUAAACGAUGAAAACUA